AUGCAAGAGUUCUACCACUGGUUCUCGACCAUGGCCGACGAGGGCCGCGUCGAGGGCGCCGAGCGGUACAACACCCACAUGAGCCGCAUGGGCGAGUACCAGACCCUGUGCGGGGCCAUCGAGGGCGAGGUCGAGGGCGCGCUGGAGAGCCUCGCCUCGCUGGAGCGUGAGUACGGCGUCGUGGCCAGCAAGACCGGCGCGCUGCACGAGGCCUGCGAGGCGCUGGUCUCGCAGCAGGGCCAGCUUCAGCGCUUCGCCGACUCAGUCGCGUCGAAGCUGGCCCACUUCCACGAGGUCGAGCGCGCCACGGCCCGACUGUCGUCGCCCGGAUUCGUGCCCACGGACGAGUCCUUCACCGCGCUGCUGCAGCGACUCGACGCCGCGGUGGCCUUUGUGCGCGAGCACCCGACCUUUCGCGAGUCCGACUCGCACCUGGCCAAGUUGCGGCAGCUCCUGGGCCGCACCCUCGCGCUGGCGCGCAACCACAUCGUGGCCAGCCUCAAGCAGACGGCGACGGCCACCGCGCAGGCCACGGCCGGCACGCCGGGCAAGGCCUCGGCCGCCGUCGAAGACUACAGCCAGCUGCUCCACAUCAAGUUCUCCGCCCUCGCCACCCGCCUUCGCCCGCUGUGCCACGAGAUCGAGGCCCGUGCCGCAGUAGCCGAGUAUGCCGGGCUGCUGCGUGAUUGCGAGGAGUGCUAUUUGAACCAGCGGCGCACGCUGGUCCUGCCCACCGUGUACGAGGCCAUCCGGCUGAUCACGAUCGGCCAGAACGCCACCAGCCUCCCGACCAUCGUCCGCUCUGGCUGCACCUACCUCUCUCAGGUGUGUGGCCAAGAGGCGCAGCUCUACUAUCGAUUCUUCAGAAGCGCGUGCCCGGCGCUUCACGCGUACCUGCAAGAGCUUUGCAGUCCGCUCUACGAGAGCCUGCGAGCUUCCGUGAUUCAGCUGCGCUCGCUAGAGUCGCUGUGUAAUUUGAGGGAGGCGCUGGCUGCAGAGGCCGCCGGCGAUUCCGUUCUGUCGGGCAUCGUGUCGUCCAGCCGAGUGGAGGGUCCCAGCGCCGUACACGACCUCACCGCUCGCCUCGCCCAGGACGCCGCCGAGCGACUUUAUUUCUUGGCCAUGACCUAUUUCCGCGAUGAGAUAUCGGCCUACGUACCGUCGGCUGCCGACCUGGACUAUCCGGCCAAGCUGCUCCCCAAGAAGAAUGCGGGCGAGGGCGAAGCGGCUGGAGAGGGCGCUGGUCAGGCGGCAGAGAGCGACGGAGAGGAUGCAUCGUCGUCGUCGCCCGAAUUGCUGACCGCCACGUGGUACCCAACACUCGAGCGCACGCUGAGCAGUCUCGCCAAGCUCUACCUCUCCGUCGACCCGCCCGUCUUUGAAGACCUCGCCCACGAGGCCGUCUCUGUGUGCAUUGCCUCGCUGGGCUCGGCCGCACGGGCCAUCACUCGCUCCAAGGGCGGUGAGCACGGGCAGCUGUUCCUGCUGCGGCACCUCCUGAUCCUGCGCGAGCAGAUUCAGCCGUUCGACGCCAACUUCGCCAUCACCGAGAACUCGCUCGACUUCUCGCGGCUGAGCGAGGCCGUCUCCCGCAUCCUCAGCGGACAGUUCGCCAUCGGACGGAAUGCGUGGUUCGAGGUGGUGCAGCAGGCCUCUCCGCAGGUGCUGCACAACGAGCUGAGCUCCAAGAAGGACCUCGACAAGCAGAUCGUGAGCAUCGCCGAGUCCUACACGAGCAGCACGGUGCGCUCCGUCAUGGAGCCCGUGCUGUCGUUCCUCGCGCAGGUCACCGCCGCCAGCCGCUCGGCCGCCUCCGCCGGCGACGCCACCCCUCCUCCCGCGCUCUCCACCCUCCCCUUUGCCCAGCCAGCGAAAGUGAAGACGCUCAUGGCGACGGCGACGGCCACCGUCAAGGAGAAGCUGCCGCCGGUGGCCAGCACGCUCCGACUCUACCACAAGGGCAUCAAUUUUCCGUCCAACCGCUACAACAUCACACUCACGCUCAAGGAAAACAUCGUGGGGUAUGUGGAGCAGUUCUACUCGGUGCUCAAGCGAGCAGGCUACGACGAGGCCUUCAUGGCCGAGCUCGAGACCGCGCAGGCCGAACUCACGCAGGCCGUCGACGCCAUUUUUUGA